GACUCAUGGCAGAUGAAUAAGCAAAGAUGGCGGCCAUGGUUCCCCCAGUGAAGCUGAAAUGGCUUGAACAUCUGAACAGCUCGUGGAUCACGGAAGACAGUGAAUCUAUAGCCACCAGGGAGGGCGUCUCCAUCUUGUAUGCCAAGUUAGUCAGUAAUAAAGAAGUUGUGCCCUUGCCCCAGCAAGUUCUCUGUCUUAAAGGGCCCCAGCUGCCAGAUUUUGAACGUGAGUCCUUAUCCAGCGAUGAGCAGGACCACUACCUGGACGCCCUCCUCAGCAGCCAGCUGGCCCUGGCUAAGAUGGUGUGUUCCGACUCCCCCUUUGCUGGGGCCCUUCGUAAACGCUUGCUGGUGCUGCAGCGCAUCUUUUACGCACUUUCCAAUAAGUAUCAUGAUAAAGGCAAGGUCAAGCAGCAGCAGCAUUCUCCAGAAAGCAGCUCCGGGUCGAUGGACAUCCAUUCGGUCAGCGAGCGGCCGAGGUCAAGCACAGACGCGCUUAUAGAAAUGGGUGUCCGAACUGGACUGAGCCUCUUGUUUGCACUGUUACGGCAAAGCUGGAUGAUGCCCGCUUCAGGAACCGGACUUAGUCUUUGCAACGACGUCAUCCACACGGCGAUUGAGGUCGUGAGCUCUUUGCCGCCUUUGUCCUUAGCGAAUGAAAGUAAAAUCCCAGCCAUGGGACUGGACUGCCUCUCUCAGGUCACCACCUUUCUGAAAGGGGUCACGAUCCCUAACUCUGGAGCAGAUACUCUUGGCCGGCGGCUGGCGUCCGAACUGCUGCUGGGCUUGGCCGCUCAGCGCGGCUCCCUGCGGUACCUCCUGGAGUGGAUCGAGAUGGCACUAAGUGCCUCCGCUGUGGUCAGCGCCAUGGACAAAACCAAGAUGCUGCCGUCUCAGGAGGGGAUGAUCAGCUUUGAUUGUUUCAUGAAUAUCUUAAUGCAGAUGAGGCGAUCAUUGGGAUCGUCUGCUGAUCGAAGUCAGUGGAGGGAACCCACGCGCACCUCUGAGGGGUUGUGUUCUCUCUAUGAAGCAGCUUUGUGUCUCUUUGAGGAGGUUUGUCGCAUGGCCUCGGAUUACUCCAGGACGUGUGCUAGUCCGGACAGCAUUCAGACUGGGGAUGCGCCCAUUGUGUCUGAGACGUGCGAAGUGUAUGUCUGGGGCAGCAACAGCAGCCACCAGCUCGUGGAAGGAACGCAAGAGAAAAUCCUUCAGCCCAAGCUGGCUCCAAGUUUUUCUGAUGCUCAGACAAUUGAAGCCGGCCAGUACUGCACUUUUGUGAUCUCGACGGAUGGCUCCGUUCGGGCGUGCGGCAAGGGGAGCUAUGGCCGGCUGGGCCUCGGCGAUUCCAACAAUCAGUCCACGCUGAAAAAGCUGACUUUCGAGCCUCACCGAUCCAUCAAAAAGGUGUCAUCGUCUAAAGGCUCUGACGGCCACACCCUGGCGUUCACGACGGAAGGCGAGGUCUUCAGCUGGGGCGAUGGAGACUACGGGAAGCUGGGCCAUGGGAACAGCUCCACCCAGAAGUACCCCAAGCUGAUCCAGGGGCCUUUGCAAGGAAAGGUGGUAGUCUGUGUCUCAGCCGGAUACCGACAUAGCGCUGCUGUUACAGAAGAUGGGGAAUUAUACACCUGGGGAGAAGGAGACUUUGGAAGACUAGGUCACGGCGACAGCAAUAGCCGAAACAUUCCAACUUUAGUCAAAGAUAUCAGCAACGUAGGAGAGGUUUCCUGCGGCAGUUCACAUACCAUCGCUUUAUCCAAAGAUGGACGGACCGUUUGGUCAUUUGGUGGAGGAGAUAAUGGCAAGCUUGGCCAUGGCGACACCAACCGAGUGUACAAACCAAAAGUGAUAGAGGCCCUGCAGGGGAUGUUCAUACGGAAAGUCUGUGCAGGAAGCCAGUCUUCGCUGGCGCUGACAUCCACUGGGCAGGUGUACGCCUGGGGUUGUGGCGCGUGCCUGGGGUGCGGCUCCUCGGAAGCGACGGCGCUCCGGCCCAAGCUGAUCGAAGAGCUGGCAGCCACGCGCAUCGUGGACGUUUCCAUCGGGGACAGCCACUGCUUGGCCCUUUCUCAUGACAACGAAGUGUACGCCUGGGGCAACAAUUCCAUGGGGCAGUGUGGCCAAGGAAACUCCACCGGGCCCAUCACGAAGCCCAAGAAAGGGAGCGGCUUAGAUGGAGUCGCCAUUCAGCAGAUUUCGGCUGGAACAUCCCACAGUCUGGCCUGGACAGCCCUUCCCCGAGACAGGCAAGUGGUGGCUUGGCACAGACCGUACUGUGUGGAUCUGGAAGAAAGCACCUUCUCCCAUCUCCGUUCUUUCCUUGAGCAGUAUUGCGACAAAAUCAACAGCGAAGUUCCUCCACUUCCUUUCCCUUCCUCCAGGGAGCACCACCAUUUCUUGAAGCUGUGUCUGAAGUUACUCUCUAACCACCUUGCUCUCGCAUUAGCUGGCGGAGUCGCCACAAGCAUCCUUGGGAGGCAGGCAGGACCGCUGAGGAACUUGCUGUUUCGCUUGAUGGACUCUUCUGUCCCGGACGAAAUCCAGGAAGUUGUGAUUGAGACCCUGUCGGUGGGCGCCACGAUGCUGCUGCCUCCCUUGAGGGAGAGGAUGGAGCUGCUGCAUUCGCUUCUCCCCCAAGGUCCGGACCGGUGGGAGAGCCUGUCCAAAGGCCAGAGAAUGCAGUUGGAUAUCAUCCUGACCAGUCUGCAGGAUCACACGCAUGUAGCCUCCCUGCUUGGCUAUAGCUCCCCCUCAGACACCACAGAUGUCUCCUCUCUCUGUAUCGCCUACGGAAACAUCUCUGAUCCAACCUACGGUGCCCAGAGUCACCAUCCGGACACCCACCUGGCAGAAAUUUUAAUGAAGACUCUUCUGCGCAAUUUAGGAUUUUAUACUGACCAAGCGUUUGGAGAGCUGGAAAAGAACAGUGACAAAUUUUUACUAGGGACAUCGUCAUCGGAAAACAGUCAGCCCGCUCACCUUCACGAGCUGCUGUGUUCCUUGCAGAAGCAGCUUCUGGCGUAUUGUCACAUCAGCAGUGUUGGCGAGAACUCCAGCAGCGUGGCGCUCUUGCACAAACACCUCCAGCUUCUCCUGCCUCACGCCACGGACAUCUAUUCCCGCUCUGCGAUUCUCCUCAAGGAGAGCUCUUGGAAUGGCAGCGUUGGAGAAAAACUCAGAGAGGUCAUCUAUGUUUCUGCGGCAGGAAGUAUGCUUUGCCAAAUCGUGAAUUCUUUACUCCUGCUGCCGGUCUCCGUCGCCCGGCCUUUGCUGAGCUACCUGCUAGAUCUGUUGCCACCCCUGGAUCGCCUUAACAGGUUGCUGCCGGCUGCUGUGCUUUUAGAAGAUCAGGAGUUACAGUGGCCUCUCCAUGGUGGUCCCGAAUUGGUGGAUCCAGCCGGAGUUCUGCCCUUGCCCCAGCCUGCCCAAGCCUGGGUGUGGCUGGUGGACCUCGAGAGGACGGUGGCCCUGCUCAUUGGGCGCUGCCUGGGAGGGAUGCUCCAAGGCUCCCCCAUGUCACCCGAGGAGCAGGACGCCGCGUACUGGUUGAAGACGCCGCUGUUCAGUGACGGAGCCGAAAUGGAUAUCCCACAAUUAGACAAGUCCAUGAGCUCUCUCUUGGAAGUGGCCCUCUCUGGCAAUGAGGAACGGAAGCCCUUUGACUACAAGCUGCGGCCUGAAAUUUCUGUCUUUGUGGAUUUGGCCUUGGGGUGCGCCAAGGAGCCUGCCCGUAGCCUCUGGAUCAACAUGCAGGACUAUGCCGUGAGUAAAGAUUGGGACAGUGCCACCUUGAGCAACGAAUCGCUGUUGGACACCGUCUCCAGAUUUGUUCUCGCUGCCCUCUUGAAGCAUACAAAUUUACUCAGUCAAGCAAGUGGAGAGAGCAGGUAUCAGCCUGGCAAAGCAUUAGUGGAAGUAUAUCGGUGCGUGUAUAAAGUUCGGAGUCGUCUGCUGGCUUGCAAAAACAUGGAACUUAUUCAGACUCGGUCUUCCUCAAGAGAUAGAUGGAUGUCAGAAAAUCCAGACGCUUCAGACAUGGAUGCCCAGGAGAACUCCUUCACCCGAACCAUUGACGAGGAAGCGGAAAUGGAAGAGCAGGCAGAGAGAGAGCGGGACGAGGGACAUCCGGAACAAGAAGAUGAAGAUGAGGAGAGGGAGCAUGAAGUGAUGACGGCCGGGAAAAUAUUUCAAUGUUUCCUAUCAGCCCGUGAGGUAGCUCGCAGUCGAGACCGGGAGCGCAUAAAUGGUGGGGCGGGGUCUCGUGCUGACGAGCAGCCCUCUCAGUCCCAGCAAGAGCGCCGGAUCAGCAGAGACCUUCCCGAAGGGCAGGACGUGUACACGGCCGCGUGCAACUCGGUCAUCCAUCGGUGCGCCUUGCUGAUUUUGGGGGUCAGCCCCGUGAUUGAGGAGCUGCAGAAGCGGAGAGACGAAGGAGUUUUGCAGCAGCUUUCCAGCGGCACCCCGGAGGGGAUGGGGCUCAUGACCAGAAGUGAGAGCCUGACCGCAGAGAGCCGUUCCGUCCAUUCCCCCUCGAGCUACAAGCUGAUCAAAUCAAGGAGUGAAUCUGACCUGUCCCAACCUGAAUCAGAUGAAGAAGGUUACUCACUGAGCGGAAGGAGGAAUGUGGAUUUGGACUUGGCCUCGUCCCACAGGAAGAGGGGCGGUGCCCUCCAGAGCCCCAUUGAAGCCCUGAGCGAUUCGUGGAGUCGGCUGAAGCACAGAGACUGGCUCUCCAGCUCCUCGUACUUGUUUGGGGAGUCGGAUUUUGACUUCACCAAAUCCGUCGGAGUCCACACUCUGAUUGAGAAUGUGAUCAGCUUUGUUAGUGGGGACGUGGGAAGCUCCCCGGGAUUUAAAGAGCCUGAAGAAAGCAUGUCUACCAGCCCUCAAGCCUACAUCAUUGCCAUGGAGCAGCAGCAGCAGAGAGCAGAGCUGCAUCUGGAGGCCCUUCAUCAGAUCCUGGUGUUGCUUUCUGGCAUGGAAGAAAAAGGCAGCGCUUCGUCCCUGGGGAACCGCCAUGGGCUGGCGUUCCAGUCAUCUUCACUUCUCACCUCUGUGAGAUUGCAGUUCCUGGCUGGGUGCUUUGGCCUGGGCACCGUCGGACAAGCCGGCUCGAACGGAGAGAGCAUCCGUCUGCAUCACUACCAGGAUGGCAUCAGGGCGGCUAAGAGAAACAUUCAGACUGAAAUUCAGGUGGCCGUGCACAAGAUCUAUCAGCAGCUCUCUGCCACUUUGGAACGGGCCUUGCAGGCCAAUAAACACCACAUAGAGGCGCAACAACGCCUGCUGUUGGUCACGGUGUUUGCCCUCAGCGUCCACUACCAGCCCGUCGACGUCUCCUUGGCCAUCUCUACGGGAUUGUUAAACGUCUUGUCCCAGUUAUGCGGCACAGACACCAUGCUCGGGCAGCCGCUGCAGCUGUUGCCCAAAACGGGGGUUUCCCAGCUGAGCACCGCUUUAAAAGUAGCCAGCACAAGGCUGCUCCAGAUCCUUGCCAUCACCACAGGAACCUACGCAGAUAAGCUCAGCCCCAAAGUGGUUCAGUCCCUGCUGGACCUGCUGUGCAGCCAACUGAAAAACCUGUUAUCCCAAGCGGGCGUGAUGCUGAUGGCUUCCUUUGGGGAAAAAGAAGACGGGGAGCAGGAACAGGAGGAUGAAAAAAAGGUGGAAUCGAAUGGAGAAAACGAAAGGAAAGAUUUCCGAGUGGCUCUCCGGAAGCAGCAUGCGGCCGAGUUACAUUUAGGAGACUUUUUGGUCUUUCUCCGGAGGGUGGUUUCUUCAAAGGCCAUUCAGUCAAAAAUGGCUUCUCCAAAAUGGACCGAGGUGCUCCUGAACAUUGCUUCUCAGAAGUGCUGCUCAGGUGUACCUCUGGUUGGCAAUUUGAGGACCAGGCUGCUUGCCCUCCAUGUGUUGGAAGCUGUGUUGCCUGCUUGUGAAUCCGGUGUGGAAGACGACCAGAUGGCUCAGGUGAUUGAGCGGUUAUUCGCCCUUCUCUCUGACUGUAUGUGGGAAAGUCCAGUUGCUCAAGCCAAGCACGGCCUUCAGAUCAAGGAGAAAGAGCAAGAAAUGAAACUGCAGAAACAGGGUGAAUCGGAGGAAGAGGACGAGAACCUCCCCAUCCAGGAGGUCUCCUUCGACCCCGAGAAGGCUCAGUGCUGCCUCGUGGAGAACGGCCAGAUCUUAACACACGGCAGUGGCGGAAAGGGAUACGGGCUCGCGUCCACGGGAGUCACUUCUGGGUGUUACCAGUGGAAGUUCUACAUUGUGAAGGAGAAUCGAGGCAACGAAGGGACGUGCGUGGGAGUGUCUCGGUGGCCCGUCCACGAUUUCAACCAUCGCACCACCUCUGAUAUGUGGCUGUACCGGGCAUAUAGUGGCAACCUCUACCAUAACGGGGAGCAGACCCUGACGCUGACGAGUUUCACCCAAGGAGACUUUAUCACUUGUGUGUUGGAUAUGGAAGCGAGAACCAUUUCCUUUGGCAAAAAUGGAGAGGAACCAAAAUUGGCUUUUGAAGAUGUGGAUGCUGCAGAAUUAUAUCCUUGUGUGAUGUUUUAUAGCAGUAACCCUGGAGAAAAGGUCAAAAUCUGUGACAUGCAGAUGCGUGGCACCCCACGGGACUUGCUGCCGGGGGACCCCAUUUGCAGCCCCGUCGCCACGGUGCUCGCGGAGGCCACGAUCCAGCUCAUCCGCAUCCUCCACCGGACAGACCGCUGGACGCACUGCAUCAACAAGAAGAUGAUGGAGCGGCUCCACAAGAUCAAGCCCUGCCUGAAGGAAGCCGGUCAGAAGCUCAAGAAGAGCCGCUCCGUCCAGAGCCGGGAAGAGAGCGAGGGGCGGGAGGAGAAGGAGAGUCGGGAGGAGGAGAAGAGCAAGCCCGGCGGGGGCGGCCGGCACGGGCUGGCCGACCUCUCGGAGGCCCAGCUCAAGACCCUCUGCGUGGAAGUGUGGCCGGUCCUGGCUGUGAUGGGCGGGGUGGACGCCGGGCUGAGAGUCGGAGGCCGCUGCGUCCACAAGCAGACCGGGCGCCACGCCACCUUGCUCGGCGUGGUCAAAGAAGGCAGCACAUCCGCCAAAGUCCAGUGGGACGAAGCCGAGAUCACAAUCAGCUUCCCAACUUUUUGGUCGCCUAGUGAUACCCCCUUGUAUAAUCUGGAACCUUGCGAGCCCCUGCCUUUUGACGUUGCGAGAUUCCGCGGACUGACCGCCACUGUCCUGCUGGACCUGACCUACCUGACGGGGAUCCAUGAAGACCUGGGCAAGCCGAGCGCCAAGCGGCAUGAGAAGAAACACAAGCACGACUCGGAAGACAAAGGAGACGUCGACCAGAAGCCGGAAGGCGAUCCUGCCUCUGAGGCGCAGCCCGUGCCAAGCGCCGAGGAGGCCAAGGGACCCGGAGCCUCGAGCGCCAGAUCCGAAAACGAAAUCCCGCCUUUCUCUUUAGAAUCCAUUUCUUUGGGCGUGGAGGGCCAGCAUCUGAACGCCGAAGGCAAAAGGAAGAAUCACGAGAAUCACGCUCCCAAGAAUCACGACGUUGUGCAGUCGGAAAUCCGGGCGGUGCAGUUGUCGUACCUCUACCUCGGGGCGAUGAAGUCACUCAGCACUCUCCUGAGUUGCAGUAAAUACGCGGAGCUGCUGCUGAUCCCCAAAGUCCUGGCGGAGAGCGGUCAUAAUUCAGACUGUGCGAGCUCUCCCGUGGUCCACGAAGAUGUGGAGAUGCGGGCCGCCUUGCAGUUCUUGAUGCGCCACAUGGUGAAACGGGCGGUCCUGCGCUCGCCCAUCAAGAGGGCGCUGGGGCUGGCGGACCUGGAACGAGCGCAAGCGAUGAUCUACAAACUAGUGAUUCAUGGACUGUUGGAGGACCCGUGUGGUAGCAAGAUCAAGCAAGAGCUGGACCAGCCGGCCGAGGAGAGCGACCCGGCCCAGCAGGCCCAGACCCCCGUGACCACGAGUCCCUCCGCCUCAAGCACCACGUCGUUCAUGAGCAGCUCUCUGGAGGAUACGACCACCGCCACGACACCGGUCACGGAUACGGAAACCGUGCCUGCCUCCGAGUCGCCAGGCGUCCUGCCUCUGAGCCUGCUGAGGCAAAUGUUCUCCAGCUACCCCACAACAGCUGUGCUUCCAGCCAGACGGGCCCAGACUCCCCCCAUAUCCUCUUUGCCGACAUCUCCCUCCGACGAGGUGGGCAGGAGACAAUCGCUCACCUCUCCUGACUCCCAGUCUGCGAGACCCACCAAUCGCACGGCUUUGUCAGACCCGAGCAGCCGCCUUUCCACCUCUCCUCCUCCGCCUGCGAUCGCCGUGCCCUUGCUGGAGAUGGGCUUCUCCCUCCGGCAGAUUGCAAAAGCCAUGGAAGCGACAGGCGCCCGAGGCGAAGCAGACGCCCAGAACAUUACCGUCCUGGCCAUGUGGAUGAUUGAGCACCCUGGGAAUGAGGAAGAGGAAGAGCCUCAGUUGGAGGACUCGGCAGAUUCUCGCCACAGUACGGCCGUUCCCGGGGGCGGUGGGAAGUCCAGCGACCAGUGCUACCUGCAGUCUCCUGGGGACAUCCCUUCAGUCGACGCCACCGAAAUGGAAGAAGGCUUCAUCUAAAGCCAGGACAACGUGGAUCAUGCUGAAAACGCUGCCUCUGGGAGCGGGCCCACCUCGCGGGGCCGAUCCGCCGUGAGCAGAAGACACAAGUUUGACCUGGCUGCCCGGACGCUGCUGGCACGAGCCGCGGGAUUGUACCGCUCUGUACAGGCCCAUAGGAACCAGAGCCGGAGAGAAGGGAUCUCCUUGCCGCAAGACCCCGGCGCUUUGUACGACUUCAACUUGGACGAGGAGCUAGAGAUCGACCUGGACGACGAAGCCAUGGAGGCCAUGUUUGGGCAGGACCUGGCCAGUGAUCAUGACAUUCUGGGAAUGUGGGUCCCAGAGGUACUGGAUUGGCCAACCUGGCACGUGUGCGAAUCGGAGGACAGGGAAGAAGCGGUGGUGUGUGAGCUGUGCGAAUCCAGCGUGGUCAGCUUCAAUCAACACAUGAAGAGGAACCACCCCGGCUGCGGCCGCAGCGCGAACCGGCAAGGCUACCGCAGCAACGGCUGCUACGUGGACGGCUGGUUUGGUGGCGAAUGUGGAAGUGGGAACCCUUACUACCUCCUGUGCGGCAGCUGCCGAGAGAAAUACCUGGCCCUGAAGAGCAAAUCUAAGACCUCUGCCUCUGAAAGAUAUAAAGGCCAAGCCCCGGAUCUGAUCGGCAAGCAGGACAGCGUCUGUGAAGAGGACUGGGACAUGUUGGAUGUUGACGAGGACGAGAAGCUGACGGGUGAAGAAGAGUUUGAACUGCUGGCCGGGCCCCUCGGCUUGAAUGACCGCCGCAUCGUGCCCGAGCCCGUUCAGUUCCCAGACAGCGAUCCGCUGGGGGCCUCGGUUGCCAUGGUCACCGCCACCAACAGCAUGGAGGAAACCCUGAUGCAGAUCGGUUGUCAUGGCUCUGUGGAAAAAAGUUCUUCUGGGAGGAUUACCUUGGGCGAGCAGGCGGCUGCUUUGGUGAAUCCGCACGACCGGGUGAUGGCUUUGAGGAGGGUGACGGCUGCAGCCCAGGUCCUGCUGGCCCGAACGAUGGUCAUGAGAGCCCUCUCUCUGCUUUCUGUCAGCGGCUCCAGUUGCAGCCUUGCAGCAGGACUGGAAUCCUUGGGUCUAACCGACAUUCGGACCUUGGUCCGGCUGAUGUGCCUGGCAGCGGCCGGGCGGGCGGGCCUCUCCACCAGCCCCUGCACUGCGUCGGGCGCUUCCGAGAGGUCUCGAGGGGUGCACCGUAAAAUGAGCAAGCCCAUCUCCUGCUUGGCUUACCUGAGCACGGCGGUCGGCUGCCUGGCGUCAAAUACCCCAAGCGCUGCAAAAUUGCUGGUUCAGUUGUGUACUCAGAACUUAAUAUCGGCCGCCACCGGCGUCAAUCUGACCACCGUGGAUGAUCCGGUGCAACGAAAAUUCCUGCCGAGCUUUUUGCGAGGAAUCGCAGAAGAAAACAAGCUCGUGACGUCCCCCAACUUUGUGGUCACUCAGGCGCUCGUUGCCUUACUGGCGGACAAGGGGGCCAAGCUGAGGCCCAACUACGACAAAGCGGAAGUGGAGAAGAAAGGCCCUCUGGAGCUGGCGAACGCCCUGGCGGCUUGCUGCCUCUCUUCGCGGCUGUCCUCGCAGCAUCGGCAGUGGGCCGCUCAGCAGCUCGUCCGGACGCUGGCGGCACACGACCGGGACAACCAGAGCAGCCCCCAGACCCUGGCGGACAUGGGCGGGGACCUGCGCAAGUGCUCCUUCAUCAAGCUGGAGGCGCAUCAGAACAGGGUAACAACUUGCGUGUGGUGCAACAAAAAAGGCCUUUUGGCAACCAGUGGCAACGAUGGAACGAUCCGGGUGUGGAACGUGACCAAGAAGCAGUACUCCUUACAACAGACAUGCGUGUUCAACAAACUGGAAAGUGACUCUGAGGAAAACCUGGGCUCCCCCAGCGAUCCGAGCCUCUCCCUGGCCUGCUGGAGCGUGAGUGGCAAGUACCUGGCUGGCGCUGUGGAGAAGACGGUGAACGUCUGGCAAGUCAACGGAGGAAAAGGUCUCCUGGACGUCCAGCCCCACUGGGUGUCUGCUUUGACGUGGCCGGAGGAAGGGCCCUCGGCGGGAGCCUGGACUGGAGAGGCUCCGGAGUUCCUGCUCGUCGGCCGCCUGGAUGGGUCUCUCGGCCUGAUCGAAGUCCUGGACGUUUCCACCCUGCGCCGCGUGGAGCUGGAGCACUGCUUCCGGAAGGACGUCUCCGUGACCUGCCUGGCGUGGUUUGGCGAGGACAGACCGUUUGCCGUGGGCUAUUUGGACGGGAAGUUGCUGGUCGGCACAAGGGAGCCCGUGGAGAAAGGAGGCAUCGUUUUAGUGGAGGCCCACAAGGACACCAUCCUCAGCAUGAAAUGGGACCCGACUGGGAAGAUCCUCCUGACGUGCGCCAAGGAGGAGUCGGUCAAGCUGUGGGGACACAUGGGGGGUGGCUGGCGGCACCUCUACUCCCUCUCCCAUCAGGCCGUCGUCAACGCCAUCGCCUGGUGCAGCCUCCCAGGGAAAGGCGCCCAGCCCCUGCUCCUGCUGGCUACCGGAUGCCAGAAUGGCUUGCUUUGCGUUUGGACGGUUCCCCAGGAGGAGCGGGUCUUGCUGCAGUCGAGUCUGAAUUGUUCCGAGGGAUGGUGGGACGAAGACGCCGGCAGCAAGGAGGCCUACAGAAAAUCAGCUGCGGACGCCAAGUGCAUUUAUCAGUUGAAAGGCCAUAUCACUCCUAUUCGGACUGUGGCCUUCAGUGCGGACGGACUGGCCUUAGCGUCGGGAGGACUCGGGGGGCUGAUAAACAUUUGGUCUCUGCGGGAUGGCUCAGUUUUACAGAGUGUUGUCAUAGGCUCUGGAGCUGUUCAGACCACCGUCUGGAUUCCUGAAAUUGGAGUAGCUGCAUGUUCCAGUCGAUCAAAGGAUGUCUUGGUGGUCAGUUGCACGCCGGACUGGAUCUCUUCUAACCACGUCCUUGCCACGUGCCGAAGCGCUUUGAAACAGCAGGGCAUUAUUGGGCUGAACAUGGCUCCUUGUAUGAGGGCUUUCCUGGAACGCCUGCCCAUCAUGCUUCAGGAGCAGUACGCUUACGAGAAGCCUUACGUGGUUUGUGGCGACCAGCUGGUCCACAGUCCGUACAUGCAGUGCCUGGCCUCGCUCGCCGUGGGGCUCCGCCUGGACCAGCUCCAGUGCCACCCGCCCGUGGCCCCUCACCACCGGAACAGCCCGCCAGACCCUUCGGCUUGGAACCCCAAUGAGUGGGCUUGGCUGGAGUGCUUCUCGACCACCAUCAAAGCAGCGGAAGCUCUGGCCAAGGGGGCCACCUUCCCCGGCUCCUUCACGGUCCCGGACCUGGAGCCUGUGCCGGAGGAUGAGCUGGCCCUCCUGAUGGAUAACGGCAAAUGGAUCAAUGGGAUGGAUGAGCAGAUUAUGUCCUGGGCAACGUCACGGCCGGAGGACUGGCACCUCGGCGGGAAGUGCGACGUGUACCUCUGGGGCGCCGGGAGGCACGGGCAGCUGGCGGAGGCUGGAAGGAACGUCAUGGUGCCCGUCUCAGCCCCCUCCUUCUCACAAGCCCAGCAGGUCAUUUGUGGCCAGAACUGCACAUUUGUGAUUCAGGCCAAUGGGACCGUUCUGGCCUGUGGAGAAGGGAGUUACGGCCGCCUGGGCCAAGGAAACUCAGAUGAUCUGCACGUGCUGACUGUCAUUUCAGCCUUGCAAGGCUUUGUUGUCACCCAGCUGGUGACGUCGUGUGGAUCGGACGGGCACUCCAUGGCGCUGACAGAGAGCGGCGAAGUUUUCAGCUGGGGAGAUGGAGAUUACGGCAAGCUGGGCCAUGGCAACAGCGACCGGCAACGCCGACCCAGGCAGAUCGAAGCCUUGCAAGGGGAAGAGGUGGUGCAGAUGUCCUGUGGCUUCAAGCACUCGGCCGUGGUGACUGCGGAUGGCAAGCUGUUCACCUUUGGAAACGGGGACUACGGGCGGCUGGGAUUAGGGAACACGUCCAACAAGAAGCUUCCGGAAAGAGUGACGGCCCUCGAGGGCUAUCAGAUCGGAGAGGUGGCCUGUGGGCUCAACCACACCAUUGUUGUGUCCACUGAGGGUUCCAUGGUUUGGGCUUUUGGUGACGGUGACUACGGGAAACUGGGCCUGGGAAACUCGACCGCAAAAUCCUCACCGCAGAAAGUGGACAUUCUUUGUGGGAUUGGCAUCAAAAAAGUGGCCUGUGGGACCCAGUUCUCCGUUGCCCUGACCAAAGAUGGACACGUGUAUACCUUUGGGCAAGACCGGCUGAUCGGUUUGCCCGAAGGCCGGGCCCGCAACCACAACCGCCCUCAGCAAGUUCCAGCCCUAUCGGGAGUUUUCAUCGAAGACAUUGCCGUGGGGGCCGAGCACACCCUCGCCCUCUCUUCUUCGGGGGACGUCUAUGCCUGGGGGAGCAACUCAGAAGGGCAGCUCGGGCUGGGCCACACCAACCACGUCCGGGAGCCAACGCUGAUCACGUUCCUGCAAGGGAAGAACGUCCGGCAGAUCUCGGCGGGCCGAUGCCACAGUGCCGCCUGGACGGCUCCCCCUGUGCCCCCGCGAGCGCCAGGCGUCUCUGUGCCUUUACAGCUGGGCCUCCCGGAUGUGGUCCCGCCCCAGUACGGGUCCCUGAAGGACGUGAGCCCCCACACGGUCCGGGCGAGGCUCCGGCUCCUCUACCACUUCUCUGACCUCAUGUACUCCUCGUGGAGGCUGUUGAACCUCAGCCCCAACCACCAGAACAGCACAUCCCAUUACAAUGCCGGAACGUGGGGGAUCGUCCAAGGCCAGCUGCGCCCCUUGUUGGCCCCCCGGGUGUACACCCUCCCCAUGGUCCGCUCCAUAGGGAAAACCAUGGUGCAAGGGAAGAACUACGGCCCUCAGAUCACCGUCAGAAGGAUCUCCACCAGAGGUCGGAAAUGCAAGCCCAUCUUCGUUCAGAUUGCGAGGCAAGUCGUGAAGCUGAACGCGUCGGACCUUCGCCUGCCCUCCCGUGCCUGGAAAGUGAAAUUAGUUGGAGAAGGUGCGGACGACGCCGGGGGAGUCUUUGAUGACACGAUUACAGAAAUGUGCCAGGAACUUGAAACUGGUGUGGUCAACCUCCUGAUUCCUUCCCCAAAUGCAACGGCUGAAGUUGGCUACAACAGAGAUCGGUUCCUCUUCAACCCUUCCGCCUGCCUCGAUGAGCACCUGAUGCAGUUCAAGUUUCUGGGCAUUCUGAUGGGGGUGGCCAUCCGUACCAAGAAGCCAUUAGACCUCCAUCUGGCCCCCAUGGUGUGGAAGCAGCUGUGUUGCAUCCCACUCACUCUGGAAGACCUGGAAGAGGUGGAUCUUCUCUACGUGCAAACCCUUAACAGCAUUCUUCACAUUGAAGACAGCGGGAUCACGGAGGAGAACUUCCACGAGAUGAUUCCUCUAGAUUCUUUUGUGGGCCAGAGUGCGGAUGGGAAAAUGGUUCCCAUAAUUCCUGGGGGGAACAGCAUCCCACUCACGUUCUCAAACAGAAAGGAGUAUGUGGAAAGGGCCGUUGAGUACAGACUCCACGAAAUGGACCGCCAGGUGGCUGCGGUGCGCGAAGGGAUGUCCUGGAUCGUCCCGGUCCCUUUGCUCUCCCUUCUGACUGCCAAGCAGUUGGAGCAAAUGGUGUGCGGGAUGCCGGAGAUCUCUGUGGACGUCCUGAAGAAGGUGGUGCGGUACAGAGAGGUUGACGAGCAGCACCAGUUGGUUCAGUGGUUCUGGCACACCCUGGAAGAGUUUUCAAACGAGGAGCGAGUCCUUUUCAUGCGGUUCGUGUCGGGACGAUCUCGCCUGCCGGCCAACACCGCAGACAUCUCUCAGCGUUUCCAAAUCAUGAAGGUCGAUCGGCCUUACGACAGCUUGCCUACCUCACAGACUUGUUUCUUUCAACUGCGGCUCCCCCCUUACUCCAGUCAGCUCAUCAUGGCCGAGCGUUUGCGCUAUGCAAUCAACAACUGCCGGUCGAUCGACAUGGACAAUUACAUGCUGUCCCGAAAUGUGGACAACGCCGAGGGCUCGGACACGGACUAUUAGCUCUGUGGACAGAAACCACCUUCUUUUCGCGCACACGGUGCCCUUUCAGUGUUGACACCAGUUUACGGUAACAAUAGAUGUUUUAGAAACAUAAAAAAGUGGCCACCUUUUUUUAGUUACUCUGAAUGUAACAAAAUCUAGAUGUGUUUAUUUUUUUGUGAUUGUAAACCAACAAAAAAAGAAAACUCCAAAAAGUGAGAUCUGUAAGGUUUUCCCCAUCCCCCCCUCCACCCCCAUUUGGUUCACUUUUUUGAUAAGUUUGCAUGGAGCCUUUUCUGGUGCAUUUUUGUUGGGAAUGGUACAUUUAUAAGCCCUUCCAGUGAACAUGAAGAGUUGUACAUUGUGUAUAAUUGUUCAUUAGAAAGGACAGUUUUACAUGAAUAUUCAUAUAUUUAUUUUUGUUUUAAUUUGAAAUGCCUGUGCAGGAUUCCUUACGCAGAGAAAAUAAAGCAAAUUCAAGAACUGAA